GAAAAAAUGAUGGAUGACCAAGAGUGGAAAACUAUUACGGAAGUGAUCAACACGGACUUGGGCAAGAUGAUCAAAAAUCAAGCGCGGGUCGCUGGUGCGCCACAUAUGGUGAGCGUCAGCCAAGGUCCUGUUCGAGUGAUGUCGCUGAUGCACCACAUAUGGUGAGCGUCAGCCAAGGUCCUGCUCGAGUGAUAAUAGGGCAAAUCUGUUACCAGUUGGUGUCUGGCGCAGUUCUCCCUCCUCCUCGUCCUUUGCCACCAAAUACAAAAACGAGGAAUACAUCAGGGCCCAAGGAGGAGAGGCCCUACAUUAAGAAGCCCCCAAACGCCUUCAUGCUGUUUAUGAAGGAGCGGCGGCCUGUCGUGAAGGCCCAAUUUCAAAACAGUGACAGCGCCGCUGUGAAUAAAAUCCUGGGGCAGAAGUGGAAGUCGCUGCCGCCGGCUGAGCAGCUCCCAUUCUUCCAAGAAUCGGAGCGGCUCAGCCUGAUGCAUGCCAGCGUGCACCCGGACUGGACCUGCAGAGACAACUACGGCAGAAAGAAAAAGAGAAAGUGCGCCAGUGCAGCCACCAGUUCAAAUCAUCUGACCAUCUCUGCACCUGAGCUUGCAACUUUAUUCAACCCGAAUGAGGGGCCCGAGAUGGACUCAAUUUUAGAACUGGCGGAGUCAGAGUCGCCGUCCUCCAGCUCGGAUGCGGGGCCCGAGGCGGACCUGACCUCCGCCUUGUUCCGCCAACUGGAGGAGUUGGAGGCGGCGGAAGCAGCGGCGGCGUCGUUCUCAACUUUGUGCUGCAAAAUUGACACAGCAGAGGGAGAGAGAUCUAAAGACUGGACCAUAUUAAAUAUUUAAGGAUAGACUUUUAAUGUACAGUAUUUCCAAUGUUUUUACAACCCUAUGUAUAUAAAACUUAUGAAUUACUUCUUUUUUUCUCUAUUAAUCUUUCUAAAAAUCCAUUUUAUUAAUUAUAUUCUGUGUUUUUUACCUAAAACUUUUAUAUGAAAAUGCCAACUGUAUAUAUGUUUAUUGAUUAAAACAAUGACUUACAAAAAUAGGACCUUGUUUUUUUUCCCCCCUCCCACGAAUAAUGUUUGUCAUUCUGCAAAGUAAUCAGUGCUUAUUGAGGUGAUUAAUUUGAACACGAGGCAAAUUGUGACUUGCAGCUUAAAAUGAUCAAAACGACACGAGACAGCAGCGCGCUAAAAGACUGGUGGUAUCAGCUCUUAUGCUGUGUAAAGGAAUAGAAGUUGUCAAUGUAACACUGCUGUUCUUUCACACGGCGUUAAGACCUGAUACAACCUGC